UCGAAGCUGACUCCCGACAUACUAAAACGUUUUAAACUUAAAUAAGUCACAUAACUCAAUAAAUUAUUGACAGUUCUUAAUAAAUAAAUCAAAUAACUCAAUAAAUUAUUGACAGUGUUCAAUAAAUAAGUGAAAAAGUGUUCUAAUAUUUUUCAUUUUUAAAAUAAAAAUAAAGUUUUAAAUAUGGCAAAAGUGUUGUAUUUGGUGUUGUUCUCGAUAUUGGUGCAUAUGAAUUCAGCAAAGUAUGUGGAUAAAAGGAAAUGUCCCGAAGUGAGGGCGGUGCCGCAUUUCGACUUGCCUCGGAUGCUGGGAGACUGGUUUGUAGUGGAAUAUUAUGCGAGUGCUGAAGAGGCUCUCUCGUACAGCUGCAUGAGAGCAGUUUUCACCGAAGACGACCACGUUCCCACCGCAGAUGGUUCGAUAGAAUUCACGCCAGGAGUGACAAUGAACUUCACGUACCGUUUUGCCGAUGAUCCUCUAGGAGAGAACUUACUGGGUAAUAUCACGUGGCGGGUGGACUUGAACGAGCCCGCACACUGGACGCAUGCUGAGAAAACUUACGACGGCAUAUACAACACAUACGUGUUAGACACUGAGUACAAGACCUGGGCCCUGCUCCUCCACUGUGCCGAGCAGACGGAGGGCGCGCGCUACUUGAGCGCGUUUGUCCUGUCACGGACCACCACGCUGCCUAAGAACGUGAUGGCUUACUUGAGAGAUAAGUUGCCGAGAUACGAUGUAGACAUCAACUACGUAUUCCCGAUUCCUCAUAAGGAUUGUUCCACCAAACCGCCAAGGUUUGACUACUCACCAAUCCUCGUAGAAGUCGGCAGCAAGGUACCCAAGAAACCAGGAGUCUCCUACAAAGUAGCCUUUGGUCAUUAAGUCGUAAGAAGAAAAAAAUUUAAACUAUUGUAAAGAAAAACAGUCAUAGAUUUUGUUUUGAUGUUCAACUAUUUAUAUUUGUAUAAAUAUGGAAGCCGAUCUUUUUUUGUCUCGAUAGGUCCCUGCGGCAUACUUAGUAAGUUUAAUAUCUCAUCUUAACAAUAAGGGCUUACAAUAAUUCUAUGCAAAAAUUAGAAUAUUGCGAGUAAAAAUAUAUUAUGUGACCAUAAAGUGCCUUGAAAGCUUCAAUGACAUAGAGAAAGAAAGUAUUUAUUAAGAAUUUGAAUAUGUAUAUUACUAGGUGUAUAAAGUAAAGCAAGGUUUUAACAUGAUGAAACAAUAAAAUAUAUUUUUGAA